AUGAAGUGUUACCUAAGCUUGCUUUUUCUUUCGUGUCUGUUACUACCUGCCAAUGCCCGCGAAAAAUUCAACUUCAACCAGAAUUGGAAAGUGCACGUCGGUGAUCUUGAAGGAGCCGAAACGCCUGCCUUUGACGAUAGCGACUGGAAGGAUGUCACCACUCCCUACGCUUGGAACGAAGAUGAUGCAUUCCGCGUGAGUAUUGCCAACCUCUCUACCGGCAUUGCGUGGUACCGGAAGCGCUUUGAACUACCGAGUACAACAAAAGGGGACAAGAUCUUCCUCGAAUUUGAAGGGAUCCGUCAUGCCGGCGAGUUCUACCUCAAUGGCAAAUGGAUCGGCCGCAGCGAAAAUGGAGUAAUGGCGUUCGGGUUCGACAUCACCGACACUGUGACCCACAAUAGCACAAAUGUACUGGCAGCACGUAUUAACAACGACUGGGCUUAUCGUGAGAUCGGGACGGACACUCCCUACCAGUGGAAUGACAGAAACUUCUAUGCCAACUACGGAGGGAUCAACAAAAAUGUCUUCUUACAUGUCACAGACCGAGUUUACCAAACCCUUCCGCUGUACUCCAACUUGAACACCACUGGAGUUUACAUAUACGCGCAAGAUAUCAACGUGCCUGGCAAGUCUGCCACCGUUACGGCCGAGGCAGAAGUGCGGAAUGAGUACAAGACGCCCAAGACGUUCACCUUCCAGGUUGAGAUCGGAAGCUGGGAAGGUGAUCUCAUCCAUACUAUCAAGGGCGACUCCUACACUUUGGGGGCAAACGAAACCACGGUCGUCAGUGCCUCUGCUGACCUCAGUGGACUAGAGUUCUGGAGCUGGGGCUAUGGUUACAUGUAUAACGUCCGUACUUCCCUGAUUUUCGACGGUAAAGCGAUUGAUACUGUCAGCACAACUACGGGCUUCCGAAAGACCGAGUUCGAUCAUGGCAGGUUCAGACUCAAUGACCGCGCUCUGCAUCUCAAGGGAUAUGCCCAGCGCACCACGAACGAAUGGCCAGCAAUAGGCUCUGCGGUUCCCCCGUGGCUGUCGGACUUCUCUAAUGAGCUGGUCCUUACCAGCAACGGCAACCUGAUCCGUUGGAUGCAUGUAACUCCUUGGAAGCAAGAUGUUGAGUCGUUAGACCGCCUGGGUAUCCUCCAGGCCCUGCCGGCAGGCGACUCUGAAGCGGACAGGGACGGAAGACGAUGGGAGAUGCGUGUUGAGCUCAUGCGUGAUGCAAUAAUUUACAACCGCAACAACCCCAGUGUCGUCUUCUACGAGGCCGGUAACGCCGAAAUCUCCGAAGAGCACAUGGCAGAGAUGAAACAGCUCAGGGAUACCUACGAUCCGCACGGUGGACGAGCGGCAGGAUGUCGAGAGAUGCUGGCCAGCGAGAUCGCCGAAUACGGAGGCGAGAUGCUGUAUAUCAACAAAGGCGCCCGCAUUCCGUUUUGGCAGAUGGAGUACAGUCGUGAUGAGGGCUUGCGCAAGUACUGGGACAAUUAUUCCCCGCCUUACCAUUUAAAUGGGGAUGGGCCGCUCUAUAACGGGGACGAUGCCAGCAGUUAUAACCACAACCAAGAUUCCCAUGCCAUUGAGGACGUUGAAAGGUGGUUCGACUACUACGAGCAACGACCAGGCACGGGCACUAGAGUUAAUGCCGGUGGAGUGAACAUUGUCUUCUCGGACUCAAACACUCACUACAGGGGUGCCGAGAACUACCGUCGCUCUGGCGAAGUCGAUGCCGUUCGAUUGCCAAAGGACGGAUGGUACGCUCACCGAGUCAUGUGGGACAAUUGGGUCGAUAUCGAAAGGGUCUCUGGCCAUAUCAUUGGGCACUGGAAUUACAACGAUACGACUGUCAAGGACGUAUAUGUUGUUUCAACUGCGGAGAAAGUCGAGCUUAGCCUCAACGGCAACUCCCUUGGCUGGGGCAAGCAGACCACCCGGUUCCUUUUCACCUUCUUUAACGUCACCUGGGAGGCCGGUGAGCUCAGCGCCUACGGAUACUCAGGCGACGAAAAGAUUCUCCUUGAUGAGAAGAAAACAAGCGGUGCCCCAGCUGCUAUUCGGCUUACCCCACAAACAGCACCAGAUGGGUUCGUCGCCAACGGUGCAGAUAUUGCACUCGUCGAUGUUGAGGUGGUGGAUAAAGACGGUCAACGGGCCCCUAUCGCCCUCAACGAGAUCGACUUCACCCUUUCCGGUGAGGCAACCUGGCGUGGAGGCAUUGCCCAAGGGCCAGACAAUCACAUUUUAUCCCAGACACUCCCCGUGGAGAAUGGCGUGAACCGUGUGCUGUUGCGCUCCACCACGAAAGCAGGCAAGGUCACCCUGCAAGCCAAAUCCAAGGGCCUCAAGCCAGCUUCCAUUACCCUCUCAACCAAGCCCAUCUCGGUAGAUCACGGUCUGAGCACAUUUAUCCCAGGGACCGACCUGCAGCCUAACCUGUCGCGGGGACCCACACCAGAAGGCGAGUCCUAUGUAGUCACACGUCAUGCCGUGGAAGUCCUCAACGUGACAGCCGGCUCUGCGGAAGCCAAUGCAACGGCCUCGAUUGACGACGACGAGGAAACGACCUGGCGGAGUGACUCCAACCAGGAGACUGCGUGGAUCCAAUACACCUGGACUGAGCCUGUGAAUGUUUCCCAGCUGGUUAUGAAGCUGCGCAGCUUUCGUUCCGAGCAAUAUUCUAUCGUAGUUAGUGUGGAUGACACCGUGGUGUUCCAGGGCACGACUCCGACAUCGCUGGGUUACGUGACGCUUGAUCUUAAUGCGACGGUGGGUGAAAGUCUGAGAAUUGCCAUGGAUGAAGAGGAUGAUUUGGGGAUCGUUGAGGCGGAGAUCUAUACACCGGCUUGA